ACUCGGCCGUCCAGAAGGAGGCUGCGUCCGGACGAAGGCUGCCGCAUCUUUGCCUGCCUGGCUCCGUGCAGGGAUUUCGGGUUCGGUGCUCGUCCCCAUCUGAUUCUUAGCCCCCAACUUUUUGCAAGGUCAAAGAGGUUUCUGAAGUCGAAUAAAUUGCCCCGAGAGGAAACCCACUACCUGUUGAGGAGGGCUCAGCAGAGUGCUUAGGCGCUCCAGGAAAAAAAGAAAAAAGGAAAAAAAGGAAAAGACAAAAUGAUUUCCUGGGACAUGGUCCACACCAUACUCCUGCUCGCUCUUGUUUAUCCUUCCCGAGCGCAGGAUGCAAUCCCCCAGUCCGAGGUCGAGGCAGAAGAAAUUCCCGAGGGGGCCUCCACAUUGGCAUUUGUGUUUGAUGUGACUGGUUCCAUGUAUGAUGAUCUAGUUCAGGUGAUCGAGGGGGCUUCCAAAAUUUUGGAGACGUCUUUGAAAAGACCUAAGAGACCUCUUUUCAACUUUGCUUUGGUGCCUUUCCACGAUCCAGAAAUUGGCCCAGUAACAGUUACCACAGAUCCCAAGAAAUUUCAGUAUGAGCUCAGAGAACUCUAUGUUCAGGGUGGUGGCGACUGUCCAGAAAUGAGUAUCGGAGCUAUAAAAAUUGCCUUGGAAAUUUCUCUUCCUGGGUCUUUCAUCUAUGUUUUCACUGAUGCGCGAUCCAAGGAUUAUCGACUCGCUCAUGAGGUGCUGCAGCUUAUCCAACAGAAACAGUCACAGGUGGUAUUUGUGCUUACUGGAGAUUGUGAUGACAGAAGCCAUAUUGGAUACAGAGUCUAUGAAGAAAUUGCCUCUACAAGUUCUGGUCAAGUGUUCCAUCUGGACAAAAAACAAGUUAAUGAGGUUUUAAAAUGGGUGGAAGAAGCAGUGCAGGCUUCCAAAGUUCACCUCUUAUCAACAGAUCAUUUGGAACAGGCUGUAAAUACUUGGAAAAUUCCCUUUGAUCCCAGUCUAAAAGAGGUUACUGUGUCUCUGAGUGGCCCUUCUCCAAUGAUUGAAAUUCGCAAUCCUUUAGGAAAGCUGAUAAAAAAGGGAUUUGGCCUGAAUGAGCUAUUAAAUAUUCAUAACUCUGCCAAGGUGGUGAAUGUUAAAGAGCCAGAGGCUGGAAUAUGGACAGUGAAGACAUCGAGCACUGGAAGACACUCUGUUCGCAUCACUGGCCUCAGUACUAUUGAUUUUCGAGCUGGUUUUUCCCGAAAGCCCACCCUGGACUUCAAAAAAACAGUCAGCAGACCAGUGCAAGGAAUACCUACCUAUGUGCUGCUGAAUACUUCUGGAAUUUCCAUCCCAGCUAGAGUAGAUCGUCUUGAACUUCUGAGUAUCUCAGGCAGUUCUCUUAAGACUAUUCCUGUUAAAUAUUAUCCUGAGAGAAAACCUUAUGGCCUAUGGAAUAUUUCUGAUUUUAUACCACCAAAUGAAGCUUUCUUUCUCAAAGUAACAGGCUAUGAUAAGGAUGAUUUUCUCUUCCAGAGAGUGUCAAGUGUUUCCUUCUCUAGUAUUGUCCCAGAUGCUCCAAAAGUUACAAUGCCUGAGAAAACCCCGGGCUACUACCUGCAGCCGGGCCAGAUUCCCUGCACUAUUGACAGUCUUUUGCCUUUUACCUUGAGUUUUGUCAGAAAUGGAGCUACACUUGGAGUCGACCAGUAUUUAAAAGAAUCCGCCAGCGUGACCUGGGAUAUUGAAGAGGUCACUCUGUCUGACGAAGGCGCCUAUGAGUGCAUUGCUGUCAGUAGUGUGGGGACUGGACGAGCACAGACGUUCUUCGAUGUGUCAGAGCCCCCGCCAGUCAUCCAAGUGCCUAAUAAUGUUACAGUUACUCCUGGAGAAACCGCAGUUUUGACGUGCCUUGUCAUCAGUGCAGUGGAUUACAAUCUAACCUGGCAGAGGAAUGACAGAGAUGUCAGGCUGACAGAUCCAGCAAGAAUGAGGAUCUUGGCUAACCUUUCCCUGGAGCUCAGGAGUGUGAAAUUCAGCGAUGCAGGAGAGUAUCGCUGUGUUGUUUGCAAUGAAGGAGGAUCAUCGACUGAGUCCGUUUUCCUCACAGUGCAAGGUACUGUGCUGACAGUGACUUCUGAGUCAUGGUAUCUUUCUGUUUUCCUUCUUUGAUCUCUGUUGCCUUAAGUUGUCCAUCCAAGGUCCUCUACCCAGACAAUUACAGUUUUGAAGGAUAGGAUGCUGUGGAUCUUGAGGGUCUGAAGGUGAGUAAGCUGGAAACUAAAACAUCACUAGCAAGUAGUUAACCUUAAACACAGUUAAUCCUAGUAAUUGAAGACCUUUAUUUUAAGGGAGUAGAAAUAGAAAUAGUCUCCGGAUGAUUUAAUAGUUUUAAAAUUUCUUAUCUAUUUUGUGAACUUGGAAAAAAAAAACUGU